AUGGCGAUGGGAGCGGCUGUGCGGGAGGCGGCGGCGGACGGCGUCGUGACCUUCCUCUGGGUGCUCUGCGUCUCCACGCUCGGCGCCUCCACGGCCGCCGUCACCACCUACCUCAGCCUGCACGAGGGGAUCCACUACGCCCUCCUCGUCACCGUCUCCAUCCUCGCCCUCCUCCUCUUCGCCUUCAACCUCCUCUGCGACGCCCUCGGCGGCGCCAGCUUCAACCCCACCGGCGUCGCCGCCUUCUACGCCGCCGGCCUCACCAGCCCCUCGCUCUUCUCCAUCGCGCUCCGCCUACCAGCGCAGGCCGCCGGAGCCGUGGGCGGAGCUCUGGCCAUCUCCGAGCUGAUGCCGGAGCAGUACAAGCACAUGCUCGGCGGGCCCUCGCUCAAGGUGGAUCCCCACACCGGCGCCGUCGCCGAAGGUGUGCUCACCUUCGUCAUCACCUUUGCCGUCCUCUGCAUCAUCGUCAAGGGACCCCGCAACCCCAUCGUCAAGACAGCGAUGCUCUCCGUCACCACCGUCAGCCUCGUCCUCACCGGCGCCGCAUACACCGGCCCCUCCAUGAACCCUGCCAACGCCUUUGGUUGGGCGUAUGUUAACAAUCUGCACAACACCUGGGAGCAGCUGUACGUGUACUGGAUAUGCCCCUUCAUCGGUGCCAUUCUCGCUGCGUGGACCUUCAGGGCCGUGUUCCCGCCACCGGCCCCUAAGCCCAAGACCAAGAAAGCAUGA